AUGCCUGGCGUGAAUUCAGAGCCCAAGAAGCUCGAAGGUUAUGACUUUUAUUGCCAGGUACUCGGAAGCCCCAAAUAUGUCGUCGCACCUAUGGUUGAUCAGAGCGAACUGCUGGUCUACACACCCAUGAUCAACGCCAAGGCAUGUAUGCGCUACGCUGGUCCUCAUAACAUCCUCCUAAAUCAUCAUUACCAGAUGUUUGCAGAGGGCGCACGCAAGGGGUACCGUGAUCAAAACUUCAACAUCACCUUGGGCGAGGAGGGCGGACCCGAGGACCGACCACUCAUCGUCCAAUUCUGCGCAAACAGCCCGGAACAGCUGCUCAAGUCCGCAAAGGUUGUCGAGCCGUACUGCGACGCAGUCGAUGUCAAUCUCGGAUGUCCUCAAGACAUUGCUCGUAGGGGACACUACGGGUCGUUCCUGCAGGACGAGUGGGAUCUGAUCUAUGAACUCAUAAAUACGCUGCACAGAAAUCUGUCGAUCCCGGUCACGGCGAAGUUCAGGGUAUUCCCUACGGUGGAGAAGACGGUCGAGUACGCUAAGAUGCUCGAGCGUGCUGGCGCCCAGAUCCUGACCUGCCACGGCCGCUUGCGUGAGCAGCGUGGACACAACACUGGCCUCGCGGACUGGGAGAAGAUCCGCGCCGUCAAGGAGGCUGUCUCCAUCCCUGUCUUCGCCAACGGCAACGUCCUCUUCCACUCCGAUAUCGAGCGCUGCCUCGCCGCGACGGGCGCCGACGCCAUCAUGUCCGCCGAGGGCAACCUCUACAACCCCGCUAUCUUCUCCCUCGCGCCCUCCCUCGCGGACGCCUCCACCUCCACCUCCACCUCCACCUCCGCAUCUGCAUCCUCCUCCGCCCCCUACCUCACCGGCCUGCACCCGCGUCACACCCACCUCGCCCUCGAGUACCUCGCGAUCGUGCAGGCGCAGCGCACGCCGACGUCGCCCAGCGCAGUCAAGGGCCACCUCUUCAAGCUCCUGCGGCCCGCCCUCGCCCGCGCACCGGACCUGCGCGAGCGCCUCGGCCGGGUGCGCGCGGAGAAAGGCGAACCCCCGCGCGCCGCGUUCGUGCGCUACGCGGACGUCGUGCGCGAGCUCGACGCGCGCCUGCAGGAGGACGUGCGCGCGGCGGGAGAGCGCGGUCUCGAGGAGCUCGUGGUGUGGGAUGCGGCGGCAGCGCUGCCGCUCCUCCCGCACUGGCUCGCACAGCCAUACUUCCGACCUCUGCAGCCUGACCCCGCAGAGGGCGCGCAGGCAAAGGGCAAGCAGAAGGCGCAGGGCGAUAGUCUGUCUGCCGCUGCCGCCGACGGCGAGGCUGCGCCAGGCGCUGCGGACACGGCCGCAGACGCAGAAGAUGUGCUGUUUGCUGCGUCCAAUGCCCCGGACGGCGCGCCGCAGCGUCUGGACGCGCAGGUCGCCGGCGCUGGUGCAAAGCGCGCGAGCGGCGCACGCACGCCCGAUCCCGACGACCCGGUAGGCGCGGAAGACGCAAAGCGGACGAAGCUGGAUGGUGCUGCAGACGGGGCGAUAGUUGCUGGAUAG